AAUACCCACCAAAAACAUGGUCGAAUUUCCGCCAUUGAAAAAUGAUCGCCUGCUUAGGGCAGCACGAGGAGAACCUCUCGACCGGGCGCCUGUAUGGGUUAUGCGGCAAGCUGGCCGUUACCUUCCAGAGUUUAGGGAGACGCGGAAGAACCACGAUUUCUUUGAGAUCUGCCGCACACCCGAGCUCGCCAAGGAGGUCACGAUCCAGCCGAUCGACAGGUACGGCGACCUGCUCGAUGCCGCUAUCAUCUUCUCCGAUAUUCUCGUCGUGCCUCAGGCCAUGGGCAUGGAGGUCAUCAUGAACCCGGGUCCCCAUUUCCCCGAACCUCUCGACACUCCCGACGACCUCAAGAGACUUCCUGAGACUAUCGACGUCGACAAGGAGCUUGGGUAUGUCUAUGACGCCAUCACGCUCACUAGGAAGGAGCUGGGUGGGCGUGUACCCCUCAUUGGCUUCUGCGGUGCGCCGUGGACGCUCAUGGCAUAUAUGAUCGAAGGCGGAUCGAGCAAGACGCUUCAAAAGUCAAAGACUUGGCUCUUCAAGCAUCCUGAAGAAUCUCAAAAGCUGCUCAUGCGCAUCGCGGAUGUCUGCGUUACCUAUCUGGUCGGGCAAGCUCGUGCCGGUGCCCAGCUUCUGCAAGUUUUUGACUCAAACGCUGGAGACUUGUCUCCUUAUGAUUUCACCACCUUCUCUCUGCCCUCCCUGAAGCAUAUUGCGACCAAGGUCAAAGAGCGUCUCGGCUCCGAUGCAGUUCCUAUGACUCUCUUUGCCAAAGGCGCUUCCCCUACCCUCGCCGCUCGGGGCGGUUACGACGUAAUUGGGCUUGACUGGACGGUAGACCCGCGCGACGUUUCUACUCUUCCCAUCGAAAUUUCGCUGCAAGGCAACCUCGAUCCGACUGUUCUAUAUGGCGGUCGCGAUGCUAUCGAGCGGGAGGUUCGGCGGAUGUGUGACGCGUUCCUUGCGGGAGGAGGCGGGAAACCACACCGAUGGAUCGCAAAUCUAGGACAUGGCAUCACACCUGGAGUGGACCCAGAGGACAUGAGAUGGUUCCUUCAAUGUGUGCAGAAGUACUCGGCUGGAUCAUUAGAUUGAAUUGUCACGGUUUAGGCGGUGUACAGCGCGCUCACGCGUACUACCUGUGUAUGCAAGACCACUGAGUACCAAAUCCUUGGGAAGCUGGUAUCUUUGUUCCCUGAUGAGACUAAGACCUAAGGGAGGAAAAGAUUCGGUAUAUGUACAAAACAUGUAUGGAAUGGAAGGAGACUGUGUGCAGAUUGCGAAAGAUGUGAUGCCUAUACAAUGCAGAGUCGAGUGGAUAAAUACCAGACACCACGAACGGAGAGAGAUCAAAACCAAAGGAGCGACAUGAAUUAUCAAGCGACCACGUCUGCCGAGCUGAAACUACUUCUUCGCCUUCUGAUAGGGCGAGGACCAGGUCUCCCUGUCGACUUCGAAGUAACGACAGCAGAGGCAGCAGCUUCUGUGGACAUCCAUGCAUCGGUAUUGGCCGCUUUCGUGGCGGAACGCGUCCCAGCACUCGGUGCGUCACUUGAUGUAUUAUUAGGUUGUUGUGUACGUUUAGAUGCAAGAGUAGGGAGGCGUGAUUGUGUCGGAGAUGGGGGAGGUUGAGGAACACGGCGAGUUGAAGGGGCUCCAGGGCCCUUGGUGGUCCCAGCAGCGGCUCUUCUCGUUGCAAUGCCGGUUGCCAAACGAGGUAUCUUGUUCGGAGGAUAUGUGGUUUUGGCCUUAGCGCCUGGGGAAGGAGGGGGUCUCUUCUGGAUUCCUGCGGCAGAGGACCGAAGGACCCGUGCUGGCCGCUGUUCAGAUGCAGUUACUUUGGCACCUUUGGCACCAGUUAGACGCGAUGCAGUCGUCUUCGCACGAGUGCGUGCUGGGGGUGCCACUCCAAGAGCAGGAAGCUGGUCAUCAACUUCUUCCUCUUCAUCAUCAGAAUCCACUGCAAUACGCUUAGCGACUGGCGUCUUGCGUGGUUGACCUGGAGGAGCAACGGCAUUCGCUUUGGCUGUAGCAAUGGCAACGUGACGACUAGGAGUAACAGGUGGAAGGUUAGUGACAGGUGGCGGGGGUGUUGUUUCACGAGGUGGCGGGAUUGUUUCCAUUUCUUCGUCAGUUUCUGCUGGGGGCGUGGCAGGAGUAACAACGGGUUGCUGAGCCGAUGUGCUAGCCUGGUUCUGGGCAUGAAGACGGUUCAUCUCGUCGACAGCAGACCAUCUAGUCCACUCAAGCUGCUUUAGGUGCAUGUAUUGCUGUUGUGGGCCCACCACGCUUCCUGGUCGAACGAUGCGCAUGAAAGCGAUGACCUCCGCCGCUGUAAAGCCAAACUUCCAUAUGAGGUAUGCACCAAUCAACGUGCCUGUACGACCUAAACCAGCUUUACA